AUGCACUGCUACAUCGAUCUGAUGUACACCAACUGGAUUGUGCGUUCGACAGUCAAUCCCACUCAUAUUCCCAUCAGUCCACGAAUUACACCACAUACGGAUGCGCCUGCUUUCAAAAGCGUCAAAAUUAUGUGGGCAGCACCGUUGAAUGGCCUGAAGUGCGGUCCACAGCAAAAACAUGCCCGCAGCACAUACUGUACGGCCGAAAACCGAGUAGUGCAGUACGCCAUUUCGGCCAGUUCAUCGGAGCCUUUUCAAAUGGCCGGUUUCUGGGGUCCAGAACAAACCACUGGUAAUAAUUCUGAAAGUUACUACAACUCCAAAAGCCUUUAG